AUGGCCCACACAGUCAUCCUCGGCAGUGGUGUCAUUGGCCUCUCGACGGCCUUCUACCUCCGCCAGCAUCAACCAGGCACCACAAUUCAUCUCGUCGACUCUGCGCAGGAGCUCUUCUCAUCUGCUUCUGGCUAUGCCGGAGGAUUCCUGGCCAAAGACUGGUUUCGUCCCAACCUGGUCCCAUUGGCCGAGCUGAGCUUUGAAGAGCAUAAAAAGCUGGCCGAGGAUGAGAAUGGCAGAGAGAGAUGGGCGGAUCCAUUGCUGUUCUGCAAGUUUUUGCUGGAAAAAGUCAAGGCUGCAGGAGUUCGCAUUCACAAUCCUGCUGCGGCAUUGCGCCUGGAAACUGACAUCAAUGGCAAACUCUCUGGAGUCGUCAUCAAAAACACAGAGACAUCGGAAGAGACCUUGAUACCGGCUAUCAAGGUUCUUUUGGCAGCGGGAAGUUGGACACCCCAAGUCUUCAACACGUUGUUCAAGGAUCGCUUCUCCAUCGAUAUUCCCAUCGGAGGCUUAGGCGGACACUCCCUCGUUUUGAAGGCUCCCAGCAAAGUAACGACCUGUCACUCCGUCUAUACGACGAUGGAUGCGCACUCGCCAGAGAUAUACUCCCGACCCAACGGAGAAAUUUACGUUGCUGGAGUGAAUAGCCCUGGACUUGCAGUGCCUGAGCCUGCUCUCAAGGCGGCUACUAUGAGCCAACCUUUAGAAAAGCUGAAAGACAUUGCGCGGCGCCUGAUUGUGACUCCGAGCGGAGAGGAUUUGGAGAUUGUGCGAGAGGGGUUGUGUUUUAGGCCGGUUACUGUCAGGGGAACACCGUAUAUUGCGAGAUUGACGGACGAAAAGCUUGCAGAGGAUACUAGUUUAAAGGAGGGAGAGGAAGGGGGUGUUUUCAUUGCGGCUGGACAUGGGCCGUGGGGUAUUAGUUUGAGCUUGGGGACUGGAAAGGUAGUUGCUGAGAUGUUGUCUGGGAAGCCACUGAGCGUUGACAUCUCGAGUCUGGGAUUCUGA